AUGUGCACAGUUCAUACGAAUAGGGACUUGUCCCCAAUCGAGAAGUUUAAUUAUCUACAAAGUAAGGUUGUAGGCGAAGCCAAACAAUCCAUUGCUGGAUUGGCGUUGUCCAAGGAAAAUUAUGAUGUGGCAGUUACGAUUCUUAAAGAGAGGUUUGGAAAUCCGCAAGAAGCUGUGGAUUUACACUACAACAAGCUGAUAAAUAUCCCAACACCUAGUGAGAAAGUGGAAAGUUUAAGAACAUUUUUGGAUACGAUAGAAAGACACCUUCAGUUUAGAGGUAUUAAAAUAAAAUACCAACCAACAUGUGUUUAUUUCAAUGAUUUGGUCGAAACUUCCAAGAAAUGUAUUAAAAAAAAUAGAGUUAAAAUGUGGAUCGGAAACAGAAUGGAUAAGCUCAGAGAUGAAAUCCGGGAAUACGUAGUAGCAUGUGAAAGAGCCGAAAGCAAAGAUGGGAAUAAAACACAACCGGAAAUUCAAAGGGGAGGUACGCCAAAGUUCCUAAAGCAUCAAAACAAGCCACACCAUCCAGCAUACCGUCCUCAGAAAAUUUCAAGACCAGUGUAUAACGCUCCAGCGUCCGCGGAAGCUUUAGCAGUAAAUGUUAAGAGCAAAGCAACAAGCAAUGUUAAAGAUAGGUGUAGGUACUGCAGUGAACGACACUGGAGUGAUGAAUGUUUGAAAUAUAAAACAGUUGAAGAACGCAAAAGAAAAUUAAAUGGGUCCUGUUUCAAAUGUUUGAAGGAAGGUCACUUGGCAACUGAGUGUAAAUCGAAAAAAGUUUGUGUGCAUUGUGGUGAAAUGAACAAACAUCAUAGAAGUUUGUGCCCAAAUAAAUUUGAAAUUAGGUCAUCUAGUGUGCAUUCAUCAGAAGAAAUAAGUGAUGCAACUCCUCAGGAGGAUGAUAUGUCUGCGGAAGGACACGUUCUUAUUUCUUCAAAUGAAAUGGUGCUUAUGCAAACAGCACAGACAGAGAUUUGCAAUGAACAAAAUUCCGUUUACGAAAGGGCUCGUCUAUUAUUUGAUUCGGGGUCACAAAGGACCUACAUUACGGAAAGAUUAGCUACAAAGUUGGGUUUGAAACCUGAAGAUGAACAGGAGUUAAAACUUGUGACGUUCGGUAGUGAAAACACAAAAGUGAUAAAAACGAAGUCAGCCAAAAUAAGUAUCAAAUUAAAUAAUGGCUCCUACAUGAAAAUAACAGCAAAUGUUGUGCCCACUAUAAGUGGUACUAUUCGAAGGAAUCCAGUGAAACAACUGUUGACUAAGCAGAUGGAAAAUCUAGUGAAUAGUGUUGAAAUGGCAGACACAAUUCCAUCUGUGAAGGAAUAUUCAACGGUAGAAGUAUUGAUCGGAAACGAUUACUACUAA